AAAAAAAAAAAAGGCCAUGUGAAAGCAACAGCAAGCUUUGGACUCAUCCGAACAGCUCCUCCACAUUUAAAAAAGCUGAUAUUAUUAUAGGAAGGCGUUACAUCCCAAAUCUCCAGAACGAGCUAUGGAGUUUUUUUUUUCUUCCAUUCCUCACAAAUAACAUGACCACCAAUCCCAUGUUUUUCAUUGUUAUUUUCAUCAGUUCAAUCUUCUGGAUUUCAAGAAAAUUUUUAGCACGCACAGGCAAGAAAAAAGCAGCACCAAAAGCUGGUGGAGCAUGGCCUGUGAUUGGCCACCUCCAUCUGUUAGGAGGGGCGGAACCUCCCCAUAAAGUGCUGGGCAGUAUGGCUGAAAAAUAUGGACCCAUCUUCACAAUCAAGAUGGGCGUGCACCGAGCUUUAGUAGUAAGCAAUUGGGAGACCGCCGAGUGUUUCACCACCCAUGAUAAAGCCUUUUCCGGUCGUCCGAAAACACUUGCCUCUGAGCUUUUGACCUACGAUGGUGCAAUGAUGGGGUUUAGCCCAUAUGGGCCUUAUUGGCGUCAAGUCCGCAAAAUAACCACGGUUGAGCUUCUAUCAAACUACCGGCUAGAGAAGCUGAAAGAUGUACGCGAGAGCGAGGUCAGGGCAUUUCUGAAAGAGUUGUACAAGUUAUGGGACGAUAAUAGAGGUGGUGCAUCAAAAUCAAAAGGUAGUAUGGUAUUGGUGGAAAUGGAAAGAUGGUUUGGAGAUCUAACAUUAAACAUCGUUCUUAGAACAAUUGUUGGAAAAACUGUGGGAUAUAUCACAAACGUUGAGGAUGAGGAGAGUGUGAAAGGAUGGAAAAAGGGAUUGAAGGACUUUUUUCAUUGGACAGGGGUGUUUCCGGUGUCUGAUGCGCUACCAUUUUUAAGGUUUUUGGAUCUUGGGGGGCAUGGGGAGGCUAUGAAGAAGACUGCAAAAGAACUGGACCUUGUUGUUGAAGAUUGGCUAGAAGAACACAAACGAAAAAGAGCUGCUGGAAUUGUUAAGGGUAAGGAGGACUUCGUGGAUUUGAUGCUAGAUGUUUUCGAUAAUGAUGCAGCAGCAGUUCAAGGCGGAGAUUCUGAUACCACCAUAAUUAAUGAAAAAAAUAAAUAA